AUGGACUCGAACCGAUUCAUCCAGUACCAACCCCAGGUGGGCGUUCGCGAGCUGGAUCUCAGCGCCUGCCACCAUCCAAACUCCAUCGCCCACAAGAUCAACUCGGUCCCUGUUGUCAAGGGCAGCACUGUCGGGUCAAGGGUCGUCUUGCAGCACUUCUCCAAGAGCCCUAAAAAUAGCCGCCGUUUGUUGGUUGCACAAGAGAUUCAAGACAUUCUGAAUCUGUUCGGUCGCAACCGACAGACGGCGCUUGCGGCAGUCAGACAUGGCGUUGUCCUCGUCUUCCCAUUCCUCCCAAACGCCUUGGCAUGA